AUGCGUGACGUUGUCAAGAAGCAUCGCGAAAUUGGCAAGCGGAAGACUAUCGUCAUUGUCGCAGAGGGAGCCCGCGACAAGGACGGGGCCAAGAUCACCCCAGAGCAGAUCAAGAACCUGCUGGCAGAUAAGAACGAAGGAGGCUUAGGUCUCGAUACCCGCAUUACGACCCCCGGACAUGUUCAACGUGGCGGUACUGCCGUCGCAUUCGAUCGCAUGCUUGGUACGCUCCAGGGCAUCGAGGCCGUCAAAGCCGUUCUCGAGGCGACAUCCGAGACGGGGACGUGCUUCAUCGCUAUCCAAGAAAACAAGCUCGUGCGCAGGCCGCUUAUGAAGGCCACACAGGACGUGAAGGAGCUUGCCGCGGCUGUUGUGGCCGAAGACUUCGAGAAGGCCAUGUCAUUGCGGGACGCGGAAUUUGCUGGCAAGUACCAGUCAUAUCUCACAACAACCAAUGUUCUCAUGGACAAUAGAAUGAAGAUUGGUUUCAUCAACGUUGGCGCACCCGCAGGUGGUAUGAACGCUGCUGUGCGCGCCGCUGUUGCCUACUGCAUUGGCAACGGCCAUGAGCCCGUUGCUAUUCAUAACGGAUUCGCUGGUUUUGCCCGCCACCAUGAUGACCAGCCAGUUGGCUCUGUGCGCCCGUUUGAUUGGCUUGAGGUCGACAGCUGGGCUAGCAAGGGCGGCUCGGAGAUAGGGACCAAUUGCGAGCUGCCUUCUGAGUCUGGAAUGGAAUUGGUCGCCAAUCUGAUUGAGCAGUACGAGUUCGACGCCGUUUUUAUCGUGGGGGGCUUCGAGGCUUUCACCUCCGUCGCGCAGCUACGCAAGGCUAGAGAAGAGUAUCCCUCACUCUGCAUACCAAUCUGUCUCCUUCCUGCCACCAUCUCCAACAACAUCCCUGGAACGGAGUACACGCUAGGAUCGGACACCUGCCUCAACGAGCUGAUCAACUACUGCGACAAAAUCAAGCAGUCCGCCUCGGCCACCCGUAGGGGACAGUCCGGCGCCGGUCGGUUGAUCAUCGUCAACGACAAAGCCAGCAACGUCUACGACGCCAAGCUCAUUGCAAAAAUCAUACACGAGGAAGCGCACGGCCACUUUGAAAGUCGGGUGAGCAUCCCCGGCCAUGUCCAGCAGGGCGGUGUGCCGUCGGCGAUGGACCGGUGUCAUGCCGUUCGGCUGGCUAUCAAGUGCAUUGAGCACCUCGAGAGUUUUGGCCGCGGUGCGCACAAUCGCGCCAAGAAGGAUCCCAGUAGCGCAGCCGUCAUUGGCAUUCAGGGAUCCGAAGUUGUCUUUACGCCGAUCAAAAUACUGGAGGAGCAGAAUACCGACUGGCAGAACAGGAGGCCCAACGCCGCACACUGGUUGGGAUCGUACGAGAUUGGAAAUAUCCUCGGUGGUCGCCCGACAGUGCUCAUGCCCCCUAAGGAAUAG